GCUUUUGCCCCUUUGUGUUUAAACAAGGCGCGACUUCUCUGUUUCGUUUUCGUUCUCGUUCGUUUGGCAGCAGCUUCGUGUUCUUCUCUGUUUCGUCUUCGAGCUCAGUUGUUUGGCAGCAGAUUUCGUCGUUUGGCAGGCAAAUUUCGUCUUCGAGCUCACUGACCACCACCAACGACGACGACGAGCAACGACGAGCAGCAACGGCGAGCAGCAACGACGACGAGCAACGACGACGAGCAGAAACCACCACCAACAACGACAACCACUGACGACUAUCGAAGCGAUUUUCACUCUCUUGGGAAAAAAACAGCUAAUGGAGGUGUGUGUCAUUGCCAAGUGCACAUAUAAGUCGGAAACCAUCAUGUUUUCAGUUUCAUCAGAGUCAUCCAUGGUUGAUAUUUUGAAGACUUUGUGUCUGAGGUUUAGGGGUUUGCAGUUGGGUUGUUUCACAUUACGGUAUUCGGUGCCCAGUUAUCCGAGUUGUUUUCUAGAAACGGAUAGCGAUUUGGACUUGAUGAGGACAUUUUUGUUGAUAUCAAAUGAGAAGACUGUUGAUAUUUUAGUGAAGGAUUUAUGCGGGAUCAGUGAAUAUAGUGGUGAUUUUUGUGUAAAUAAGGAGUUGAUAGCAUGUGAAAAGGGCGAGUCGUCGUGUUCUAGUACUGUCGAAGACAGAAACGAGUUUUUGGGCAGGUCGAAGAGAGCAAGUGCUAAGCCUUUGUUGUCAAAUGAGUGGGAGACAUACAUACAUCAUGUGGGGCAGAAGUUUGACGGUGGUGCAGAGGAGUUCCGGUUGAAAUUGUGCAAGUACGCUCUUGAAGUAGGAUUUAAUUUUUUAUAUGCCGGCAAUGACAAGAAGCGGGUGGUUGCUGUUUGUUCGAAUAAGAAAUUGGAGGGUUGCAGCUGGCGUGUUUAUGCUUCUCGUUGUGAAGCUACUGCAGUUUUGUAA